CAUAGCCAGUGCUCUCUCUCCCUCUCUUUCGUCUCACCGACCAGUCGCUCUCACAGCUCUCAAUGGGACUCUCUCUCUCUCCCUAUCACCUGUUCUCACCUUUUGUCGAAUGAAGACGAACAGAGACAAAUACAAUAUAUAUAUAUUUCGACCAAGACGUCUGCAGUCUUCACCAACAUCAACAUCGGGAAACGUUGCCAGCAAGAUGAGUGUAUGCAAGUUGCGAGGGACCCCACUACUGACGGUGUUGCUAUUGUUGGUGGCCGUGGGUGUCCUGCUGGAGAUGGAGGCGCCCCAGGCCACACCCGACGCCCUCACCAUCCAGGACCACAGGCCUCUCCGCUCCUUCGGGAAGGAUGGACGUCAGGGCGAGACAGCUGUCAGGGUUGUACCGAAGAGCGUCAGUCGUCCUAAGAAGUAUGGACUUGGCGUUCGUGGUCCUGUUAACUUGUACCUGGACAUGGGUGGUGUCAGCGGUGUAGAGUAUGGUGAUGAUGAUACAUAUGGUGUCAGCGGUACAGAGUAUGCUGAUGCGUUUGGUUUCAGCGGUACAGAGUAUGCUCCCGCUGACACAUAUGAUGUUAAAUACGACAGUCAGUUUGUUACUGACGGUAGUGUACUGACGUACAAUCAACAUACGAAACGUCGGAAAGAGCUUCAUUCAAAUACAAUUAUACGCAAGAUAAGAGUUCACAUUGAGAUCGACGCCUUCGAGGAGUUAGUUGAUCUGUUGACAUCUUUCACAGCUCAUUGUUCGGUGGUGGACACCUCUCAGAGUAGACUCCACUGGGACGCCUUUACCCAACGUAAAUAUACCCAGGGAAGCUCAAGACACCACCGAGGCGCCCGAUCCCGACGUAAACAUGCCCAGGGAGGCUCCAGACACCGUUCGGGCGCCCGAUUCCGACGUAAGCAUGCCCAAGGAGGCUCCAGGCACCGCUGGGGCGCCCGAUCCCGACGUAAACAUACCCAGGGAGGCUCAAGGCACCGUUCGGGCGCACGAUACCGACGUAAACAUGCUCAGGGAGGCUCCAGGCACCGCCGAGACGCCCGAUCCCGGCGUAAAGAUGCCCAGGGAGACUCCAGGCGCCGCUGGGGCGCCCGAUCCCGACGUGAAGAUGCCCUAAGAGACUCAAAGCACCGUCGGGGCGCCAGAUUGCGUCGAAAAAAUGGCCCGGGAGGUACCAUAUACCCCUGCAAUGUGCACAGCUUCAACGAACGUAACCGGAAUGCUCUCGCAAGUAACACCAAGAGGUUGGGCAAGCGAUACCCACGCCAGGCGUGGUCCGGGCAUGAAGUGAUCUCCAGCAAGACUAAUGCCACAAUGACUGAUGCGACAGUGAUCAAGAACGUCACCAAGACGCACCUUAAAAGGGCAAACCCCACCGAAAGAUCAGUUGGAAGGUGGCCGGCCAGGACAACCAAUGGGAAGGAAGUGGAAAACUACCAAACUGUCACCGUCGAUGGUCACUACACCUUCUUACAAGACCUGGAGGCUCUCAACCUACACCAACGACUAAGGUUGGACGCGAAAUUUGAUUUGGCAGAACUCAAUUCUCUUCACAAGUAUGAGAUCAUCAGAAAAUUACUGCAGGAGCUGCGCGGCGUCCUGGUCCGCCGGGGCUACCAGCUGCUCGGGUCGUCAACUGACGGUGUGGACCUCCUGCAGUACCUCCGGCAGGAAGGCCCUCAGCGCCCCCUCCAUGUGCUCACUCUCUGGCGCCGCCACCCGUAGCCAGGCCCCGGAUUCGGAUCCGGAUUCACAAAGCAGUUACGCAAGUAUUUACGAACGUGUACAUCUUUCCUUAAUCUUUGACGGCUUUGGUUACAUUUAUUAAACAGUUUACAAGCAUGUAAACUUCACAAGCAACUGUUGUUAUUGUUAUAAACAGCAUCCUGCUGCUUCGAAGCUUAUUAACUGUUUAAUAAUUGUAAAUAAAGCCGCCAGAGAUUGGGAAAAAAUGUACAGGUUCGUAAGUGCUUGCGUAACGGCUUUGUUAAUUUGACCCCCAGGCCCCCCCUCCUGGGGCUCGAACCCGGGGAAGACGAGGAAGACAAGGGUGGCGGGAAUUAUAUGACCCCCCAGACUCUGUGUCGUAAUUCCCUUUCGUUAUGUAGAUUGAGGGAGAGAAUGGAAGGCAUAGAAAUAGAAACUAAGGACACACAGUCUGAAGACAUCAUCAUUAGAGUCUUCAGAAAAAAAGUAUAAACACAGUAAACAAAUCAAAACGAUUAAACAAUUAAAACAAUUAAACAAAAAAGUAUAAACAAAUCAAACAAUAGUUCUAUAAAAGUGCUCAACGUGUAUAUUGCAAUGAUCAACACAGAGGUAGAUCAUCAGUCUAUGCAGACAGAUGAGGAACGAUGAGUCUGAUGGAUAACUUCGCUAAUUAAGCCAGAGUGCGAGUAAAACGUAAACAUAUGAAUUUAGGUAAAUGAUUUGUGCCUCAGAAUUUCUUUCUUUGUAAAUUUUAAGUAGAGUUCAGCGUGUGUUUCUGUAGAGCCCAUCGUGGUCUGAUGGGUAAAGACCGCGUCUGGGGGAUAGCCAGGUCACAGGUUCGAGACCCUUUCCUGCGUCAGGGAUUGUCUCAUACAUAUGUAUAAUGUUGUUUUUAUUGCAUUGUAUAAUACCACACUGUCUGUCUACUGGUAGAUCUUCAACAAUUCCAGACUCACGGGACAUGAGUCCCGACUCAUGAAACAUGAGUCCCGACUCAUGAAACAUGAGUCCCGACUCAUGAAACAUGAGUCCCGACUCAUGAAACAUGAGUCCCGACUCAUGAAACAUGAGUCCCGACUCAUGAAACAUGAGUCCUGACUCAUGAAACAUGAGUCCCGACUCAUGAAACAUGAGUCCUGACUCAUGAAACAUGAGUCCUGACUCAUGAAACAUGAGUCCUGACUCAUGAAACAUGAGUCCUGACUCAUGAAACAUGAGUCCUGACUCAUGAAACAUGAGUCCUGACCUAUAAAACACCUUGCAGAAUGGAAAUGAUCUCAUCAAGGGUUUAAAAGUAGACAACCAAAAUAUAUGGCACUAGAUCACCUUGGCAUAAACAAUCAACACAAUGUUUACUGAGAAUAUCAGUGUUGAGAAAGAUCAGGUGCAAGAAACAUGAGACUGGUGCUGCAGGGUGAGUGAAGCAACAGCCUCAUCAAUUGGAGAUGGAUAAUCCUAUGGCACUGAAUUCUUAAUCCUUUUGUUAUUAAUAAAAUGAAAAUAAAAUUGAGAUUGAACUGUAAGAAAAAAUAAAUUUUAUUAUACUGGCUGUGUCUGAGGCAUAGAUUUUAGUUGAGGGAGAUUGCAAAUGCGAGAAAAAUAGAUUGGGUGAAUCAAGCAUCACAGGAAGGAAUUGUGACUUUAAAACUUUAAACUUCUGUGACAUGAUGCACUCUCCUGCACCACGUCACAGGCCACAUCCGAGUAAACUGUAUUCUGUACCUCACGGGAUCAGAAGAACGUAUUUUAUUUUAUUCUUUUACUUUUUGCCCCUCCAGGGGCGAGUUUAUUGGGCAGCGCCACUCAUCCUGUGACUUGAGAAAAGCCUACUCCCACAUGCGAGCAAUAUGUCUUAAGAUAAAGUGCUAACCAGACCCCAAACA